CUCUCUUUCUCUUUCUCACACACGCAUACAAAGCUCAGCUGCGCAGGCAAAGCAGCGUAAAAAAAAGCCAUAAACCCCACAAGCAAAGGCCAAAAGGCAAAAGCCCUAAUUUUCGCUCUCAAAUGGGUCGCCGCAAGAACAGCAACAACGACACCAAUCAGAGCUCGAGCAGCUUCAACAACUCGCACCAGCUCCACGACGCCAAGAUUCGCUUCGAGGACCCCGAAGAGACCACCGAGUGCUCUACCCACGACGAGUCCAUGUGCGAGCCCGACGACGACUCGCUUCUCGACGGCGAUGAUAAGACCAGCGCCGACUAUUACUUCGAUUCCUACUCUCACUUCGGUAUUCAUGAAGAAAUGUUGAAAGAUGUUGUGAGAACUAAGACAUAUCAAAACGUUAUUUAUCAAAAUAAGUUUCUAUACAAGGACAAGGUGGUUCUUGAUGUGGGAGCUGGGACAGGAAUUUUGUCCCUAUUUUGUGCCAGAGCUGGGGCAAAACAUGUUUAUGCAGUUGAAUGCUCCCAUAUGGCUGACAUGGCAAAGGAGAUUGUUGAAGCUAACGGAUAUUCUAAUGUUAUAACGGUUUUGAAGGGAAAAGUUGAAGAAAUUGAGCUUCCAGUGGCUAAAGUGGAUAUAAUUAUUUCAGAAUGGAUGGGUUACUUUUUAUUGUUUGAGAAUAUGCUGAAUACAGUCCUUUAUGCACGUGAUAAAUGGCUUGCUGAGGAUGGAGUUGUGCUACCUGACAAAACUUCUCUCUACUUGACAGCCAUCGAGGAUGCAGAGUACAAAGAUGACAAGAUUGAAUUUUGGAAUAAUGUAUAUGGCUUUGACAUGAGCUGCAUCAAGAAGCAAGCCUUGAUGGAGCCCCUUGUUGACACGGUUGAUCAGAAUCAAAUUGUUACGAACUGUGAGCUACUUAAGAUAAUGGAUAUCUCCAAGAUGGCUCCUGGGGAUGCUUCCUUCACCGCUCCUUUCAAGCUUGUGGCAGAACGUGAUGAUUACAUCCAUGCUCUUGUAGCCUAUUUUGAUGUAACAUUUAGCAAGUGUCAUAAGUUGACCGGCUUCUCCACAGGGCCUAGAUCAAAGGCUACUCAUUGGAAGCAAACAGUCCUGUACCUGGAAGAUGUGCUUACCAUAUGCGAAGGUGAAACAUUAUUUGGGAGCAUGACUGUGGAUCAAAACAAGAAAAAUCCCCGUGAUGUCGAUAUAAUGCUCAAAUAUACAUUGAAUGGUCGGCGCUGCUCAGUCUCAAGAAUUCAGUACUACAAGAUGCGCUAAGUUUUGUGUUGCCGAUGCUUUCCAUUAUUGUUGCUCACCUACUAUUUAAAAGCUGCCUACAAUUAGUGCGUGAAGAAUGAAUUGCGGGUUGGUUUUGAAGAAACUGGAAGUUAUCUGUAAUAUCAGAUUAUCAUUUCUUACGACUUCACGGGAUAAUAUUGAUUUGUAAUGCUAAAAAUUUUGAAUUUAAUUUAUAUUCGAUGUUUCUCUA